AUGAAAGAAAAAGAGGACCGUCAACGGACACCCGCUGACACCGCUGUACCUACCGCCGAAGAAGAGGCCAAGCACUUGCACGGCUUUCCGUUGUUCCUGCUCAUUCUGGGUUUAGAUCUGGUAAUUUUCUUGAUAUCGAUCGAUAGAACCAUCAUUACGACAGCUAUCCCGUUCAUCACGGGCGAGUUCCAUUCCACCGCCGACAUUGGCUGGUACGGAUCCGCAUACCUCAUGAUAGCAUGCGGUUUCAUGCCCGUGUUCGGGCGUGCCUUCACCUUGUUCACUGUCAAGUGGGCGUACAUAUUUUGUUUGUUCAUGUUCGGGCUGGGGUCUUUGAUUUGUGCACUUGCGCCCAAUUCAAAUACUCUAAUUGUUGGCCGCGCAGUCGCAGGGUUUGGCAGUGCAGGGACUAUACCGGGUAGUUUUGUCGUCGUAGCGGAAGCCGUCCCGCUACAUACCCGGCCCAUCUUUACCGCCAUCGUAGGUCUCAUGUUUGGCGUUGGCGCCACGUGCGGUCCGGUUCUUGGCGGCGUUUUUACCGAUCUUGUGAACUGGCGGUGGUGUUUUUGGAUAAAUCUUCCGAUUCUCAGUCUCCCACUUACCGUGAUGCUCCUGGUCUUUCGAGGCCGACCUCGCCAGCACAGAGACCGGUCCGUCUUGGACCGUCUUGUCAGUAUAGACUUCGUUGGAAGUUUUGUACUGCUAGGGGCAAUCACUAUGCUUUUUCUGGCGCUCGAAGACACCGCAUCUGGGGCGGAUUGGGGUAGUCCCAAAGUUAUUGGCUUGCUCUGCGCGUUUGGUGUGACAUCGGGGCUGUUCUUUGUAUGGCAGUGGUGGAAGCAAGAUGGUGCCCUGAUCCCACCUCACAUCAUCACCCAACGAACGGUGGCUGCCUCGUGCCUGCAGGCUUUCUUCUCAUACAGUAUCCUCGUCAUCCACGCUUAUUUCCUACCAAUCUGGUUCCAGGCCAUCUUGGGAGAGACUGCGAUCAUGUCUGGUGUUGACAUGAUCCCAUACGUUGUGGCCAAUGCGCUGAUGUCGCUUGUUGCGGGUGCUUUCGUCUCCAAAGUCGGUUACUUCACCCCUCCUGCCAUUGUCGGAGGCGCCAUUGGUACUGUUGGCUGUGGAAUCCUCACCCUCCUCCAUCCAGGUAUCAGCACUAGGGAGUGGAUUGGUUACGAGAUUCUCGUGUCGGCAGGCUUCGGCCUAUCAAUCCAGAUGAGUUUCUCAUCAGUCCAGACAGUUUUACAUCCCGAAGACAUUGGAAUUGGCACUGCCGCCGUAGUGGCCAUGCAGUCACUUGGAGGUGCCAUCUUUGUUUCCGUCGGCAACAGUGUCUUGUUGAGUCGUAUCAGAGAUAUUUCAGUCGGAGAAGGCCCGAGUGCCAUUCCGGUUGGCCCGAUCAUUCAAGCUGGCGCAACGGCAUUUCGCGACAUGGUCCCUCCUUCGCAGCUGCCUUUUGUGCUUGAUGUAAUUAACAAAGCCCUGACGACUGUGUUUAUGCUUGCCGUUCCGUUGGGGGGGCUAGCAACCAUCGCGGCUUGUUUCAUGGAAUGGAAAUCCGUCAGAGGCAGGGUACCUGUAUGAUUGAGGAUGGGAAAAAGGAGGCAGAGAAAAUGAUGAGUUUGGAACAAAAUUUGGCCGCCAUGGCCAGAAAUUUGGUGUUGCAGAACUUAUCGUUUGUGGGCAUACAUGGUUUCGAUGACCUCAAUAAUCUCUCACCUCGGCUGGUAAUCGAGUUGGUAAACCCCAUAAGCUUAGUAAUCGCUCAACCUUGAUCUGUGAAGGUACGCACUGGAGUUGGGCCAAAGAAACCCCGUAGUUAUCCUGAAG